CAGGGGCCUCGGCUCCGCAACUGCCACUCCUCCUCGGAGGAUUGCACAAGUUUCGAGAUCACCGGCGACCCCCCCUAGCAGCGCGUCUGGCUCUGGCCCCCGCGAAGGAGGACGGGGCUUGUGUUGCAUACUUUCUAAAGGCAGUGGCUGCGACAGCGGCAGUGGCUCCAUCAGCCCAGCGACCACACUGACCACACUCCUGCUUGGCUUGGCAUGGCUGGCUACCUGAGUGAAUCGGACUUUGUGAUGGUGGAGGAGGGCUUCAGCACCCGUGACCUGCUGGAGGAGCUCACUCGGGGGGUCUCCCGGGCCACCACGGAUGAGGUUGCCGCCUUCUUCGUGGCUGACCUGGGCGCUGUAGUGAGGAAGCACUUCUGCUUUCUGAAGUGCCUGCCACGCGUCCGGCCCUUUUACGCUGUCAAGUGCAACAGCAGCCUGGGUGUGCUGAAGGUCCUGGCUGAACUGGGACUGGGCUUCAGCUGUUUCAACAAGGCAGAGAUGGAGUUAGUCCAGCGCAUUGGUGUCCCUGCCAGUAAGAUCAUCUAUGCCAAUCCCUGUAAGCAAAUUGCACAGAUCAAGUAUGCUGCCAAGCACGGGGUGCAACUGCUGAGCUUUGACAACGAGGUGGAACUGGCAAAGGUGGUCAAGAGCUACCCCAGUGCCAAGAUGGUUCUGUGCAUCGCCACUGAGGACACCCACUCCCUGAGCCGCCUGAGCCUGAAGUUUGGAGCACUGCUGAAAUCCUGCAGACAUCUGCUUGAAAAUGCCAAGAAGAGCCACAUGGAGGUAGUGGGUGUGAGCUUUCACAUUGGCAGCGGCUGUCCUGACCCUCAGGCCUAUGCACAGUCCAUCGCAGAAGCCCGGCUUGUGUUUGAAAUCGGCGCCGAGUUGGGCCACGCGAUGCAUAUUCUUGACCUUGGUGGUGGCUUCCCUGGAGUAGAGGGAACCAAAGUGAGGUUUGAAGAGAUUGCUUCUGUGAUCAACUCAGCCUUGGACCUGUACUUCCCAGAGGGCUGUGGUGUGGACAUCCUUGCUGAGCUGGGGCGCUACUAUGUGACCUCUGCCUUCACCGUGGCUGUAAGCAUUGUCGCCAAGAAGGAGGUUCUUCUAGACCAGCCCAGCAGAGAGGAGGAAAAUGGCUCUGCCCUCAGGACCUUUGUGUACCACCUUGAUGAUGGCGUGUAUGGAAUCUUCAACUCCGUUCUGUUUGACAGCAUCUGCCCCACCCCCAUCCUGCAGAAGAAACCACCCAUGGAGCAGCCCCUGUACAGCAGCAGCUUGUGGGGCCCAGUUGCUGAUGGCCGAGAUUGUGUGGCUGAAGGCCUGUGGCUGCCACAACUACACAUAGGGGACUGGCUGGUCUUUGAGAACAUGGGCGCUUACACUGUGGGCAAAGGCUCCCUCCUGGGGGGGACCAAGACCUACCACAUCACCUAUACCAUGUCCAGGGUAGCCUGGGAAGCUCUGCGGAGACAGCUGCUGCCUGUGGAACAAGAAGAGGAUGCUGAGGGUAUGUGCAAGCCUCUGUCCUGCGGCUGGGAGAUCACAGACACUCUGUGCGUGGGCCCCGUCUUCACCCCAGCAAGCAUCAUGUGAGCAGGCCCCAUUCCCCCUGGACAGCCCCAGUGGGGCCUGGAGAUGCCUCUGCGAGAGGUGGGGAAGGUGGUAAGCAGGACACUUACCGCCAGGACGCUGGUGCUCACUCUGCUGCCCCUAUGCCCUGCCUGUAGUGUUUGUUUCUGUCCUGUAAAUAGGACCAGCCUUCCACCCGCUGUAGUUCAAGUAUGCAACAUAAAUCCUGUCCCUUCCAGCUGUGUCUGCCUUCUCUGCAGGGCAAGGGGCCUGGCCAGCCAGGUUUUGGGGUGUCCUCAGGGUCUCCUUGUAUCUUUCUCACUUUUGUGAAUAUGAAAAUAAAAUUUACCUUUUCUAAUACUCCA